AUGCCGCCGCGGCCGCGCAUAGCCCAAACGCACCACCUACUGGCGGAGGCCAUCGACAGCGUCAGCGCGGACAACGUGUCCGGCGGCUCUGUGUUACUUUGGUUGGGUGCCGAUCCUCCCAUUCACAAACUAUGCAUUGUUGCCUCUUGCUGCUCGUUUUCUCCUGACCUCGCUUGGAUGCAACCGCAUUGCAUACACGAAUAG